AUGGAGGUCAUAUUGCACCCCGAUGAAAUAAAAGAUGUAAUAUCCCAAACGUCAACCAUAGUCAGAUUUGGUGUUGAUUAUGUUGUUAGCGACUGGAGAUCAACAACCAGAAGCAUUAUGGCUCAAACGACAUCGUGGAAAGUAAAGUUCAAGGAAUGCAAAAGAUUUAUUUUGGUCCGUUCUAAAAAAGCUGGCAACGUUCUUGUUAGAGGCGAAUUAUUUUACAAAAGCGACAUUGGUACAGCGUUUAAUGUUUGUCAACGGCAGAAAACCAUUUCAAUGAUUGACGCAAAAUUCUUACCCAAAAUUGUAGCCGUAAAUAAAAAUAAAUUGAGAGAUGUCAAAAAACUUCUCACAAAUCAUUUCGGAGUUAAUUGGGAAAAUUUACCUGUUUUAAAAAUAUAUAAAGAUUUGUUUGCUUCCCAAGAGGCACUUCAGUGCACUUUGAAUCCCGAAGCAGAAGAUUAUAGUCAGGAGCCUUUGGAUGAAGUAGAUGACCUUCGUGUUUAG